AUGAACAAAGCGGAUCCUGAAAUGCGUAAGCUGAUCAGGAGCCAUUGCAUGCUGGGGAAAAACCGCGGGAGGAUCUUGCAUAGUAGGCGAAUGCCCAAGACGGUUGUCCCGCCAGUGCCAGACCUGGAAGCUGCUUCCGCAAUCCCCAAUAAGCUUGGUUCAGAGUUAUCUUUGUUACGGUUUGCCGAUUCCGUCGAGCCCUCUACGCUAUGGGAAGUCUUGAGAUUCACCUCGGCUUCGAAACAGACUUUCUUCCCCUUGGAGAGAUGCUUUGAUUUCAACGUCAAAGACCGGUCGAUGUUCGAGCCGUUGACAUUCGAUCCGGCCUAUCUUCACGCCGUGAUCUUUGGGGCUCAAGCAUACCUGGAUUUGGUUUCGUGUCGCUCCAGUCCACGGUCGUCGGUGCAGAUGUUGAAGACGAUUCAGCUCCUUCGCGCCCGACUUUCGCUCUCGGAUGGAAACGAACAGACAUCGGUUUCUGAUCCCACCAUACUAGUCGUCUUAACUCUGGCACACGUUGCACAUUUAACUGGCGAUGAUGUUACCGCCGAGCAACACUUGGAAGGUCUCUGCAAGAUGAUCCACCUGCGAGGAGGCAUUGCUGCUUUCCAAAAUACUCCGAAACUUCUCACCGAGGUAUUAAGGUGUGACAUCAGCAUUGCCAUCCACAAAGGAACAACACCGAUCUUUGACUUCAACCAGCCUUUACAAUCUAUCAGAUAUCAACCGCAGACUGAGUUAUCUCCUCCACCAAAGAUGGAGUUAUCUUCUCUACCACAGACGGAGAUAUCUUCUCCACCUGCUUCUUGUCUGGAUUAUAAAUCCCCCUACGACAAGACUCAAUACACCAAUGUCAUCACAAACGAGGCUCAAUACACCAAUGUCAUCACCGACAAGGCUCAAUACACCAAUGUUAUCACAGACAAGGCUCAAUCCGCCAAUAUCAUCACCGACGAGAAAUUAGCCGAGUCAUGGAACACCCUGAGCAACUUCUGCUAUCUAGUCAACUCCGCGGCGGACAAGAACAUCAAGCUCAGCGACCAAAUCCUCCUAAACACCAUGGGCUCAGUGAUGUAUGCACUUCUCAGAAUGGACUUUCCAACCAACCCCAUCAACGAAGCCAUUCGUCUUGGCCUGCUUGCAUUCUGUUCACAUUCUUUCUUGGAGCGACGGGGGAUUGAGCUUCCGAAGCGCUCCCUCUGUGAGAAGUACAGGACUUGCUUGGAGCACGUCAACACCACUCAGUUGCAACGCCCUUCUCACAUCAACACUCAACCAAAACGCCCUUCUCCUCAGCUUUCGCUAUGGUUUCUCAUCAUGGGCAGAAUUUCCAUCUUCACCUCCACCUCCCAUCCAGAUGACUCUGCAUGGAUAGAUUCCAGCCUCAGAGAACAUAUUGCCCUUGAAUCAGGUUUGCUCCUGGCCACAGCUACGACUGGUUCUCAAGUCUUUUCUUUGGAUCGACAUCCUACAUGA